AUGCUGAAGUUUGUCCGGCUUACUAGAAGCUGGCGUAUACGUUGUACAGGCCGCCAUACUGGCAGUGUCUCGCUUUAUCAUGAGCGACUACCAUUUCGCCAAUAUGCCACUGUUGUCCAGCCAGUGGCGGCGUCGAUCCACAGACCACAAAUCCAAUUGAGAUCGUAUCAAGAGGAAUGUAUCGAAGCAGUAUUACGACAUCUUGAACUUGGCGGUAAACGCCUUGGAAUAUCGCUGGCCACAGGCAGUGGUAAGACAGUCAUUUUCAGUCACUUGAUUGAACGCGUCCCUGAGCCAACCCAGGAGGCCACCCAGACUCUUAUCCUGGUGCAUCGCCGAGAGUUGGUGGAACAAGCGGCUCGCCAUUGUCAGAACAUUUACCCAGACAAGAUCAUCGAAAUCGAAAUGGGAUCAAGGCACGCUACGGGCGUGGCUGACAUUACAGUCGCUUCAAUCCAGAGCAUUAUGUCUGGAGACCGAAUUGUCAAAUUUGAUCCCAGCCGCUUCAAGCUUCUGCUUGUGGAUGAGGCUCACCAUAUUGUGGCCACAAGAUAUCUGGACGUUCUCAAGCACUUUGGCCUUGAUGAGGAAUCGCAAAAGGUCCCUGACAACCAAUGUCCAGCUCUGGUUGGUGUUUCUGCCACAUUCUCACGUCACGACGGUCUCAGGCUAGGUGCCGCUAUUGACCAGAUUGUUUAUCACAAGGACUAUCUGGACAUGAUUGAGGGCGAGUGGCUUUCCACCGCUUCCUUCACAACUGUACAGUCUGGAGCAGAUCUCAGCAAAGUAAGGUCGCUGGGUAAGCAAGGAGACUUCCAAACGGGUGACUUGUCUAAAGCUGUCAACAACGAUGAGACGAACCAAAUCACGGUGCAAGCGUGGCUUGCUCAAGCUCAAGACAGGAAUGCCACUCUAGUCUUCUGUGUAGACCUGGCGCACGUCUCGAGUCUCACGGCAAUGUUUCGUCGUUUUGGUGUCGAUGCUAGGUUCAUUACUAGUGAUACGCCAAAGCAAAUAAGAAGCGAGCGAUUAGAAGCUUUCAAGAAUGGGAAAUUUCCUAUUUUGCUGAAUUGCGGCAUCUUCACCGAAGGCACCGAUAUUCCGAACAUUGACUGUGUGCUACUCGCUCGCCCGACAAAGUCUCGCAAUCUACUUGUACAAAUGAUCGGUCGAGGUUUGAGAUUGCACCCUGGCAAGCAAGGUUGCCAUGUCGUUGAUAUGGUGGCAUCUCUGGAAACAGGAAUUGUAACUACGCCAACUCUGUUCGGGCUUGAUCCUUCUGAAUUGGUCGAUCAUGCAGAUGUUGCAUCUAUGGCUUCUACGAAAGAAAAGCGCGAGAGAGAAAAGCAACGUGAAGAGGAGGCUGCACUGGGCUUGGAAUCACCUCCUGUUGACGUGGGUGAUUUGAAGAACUUGGCCGGCAACAUUACAUUCACCCACUACGACUCUGUCAACGACUUGGUAGAAGACACUCGAGGUGACGUCUACAUCAGGCAAGUCAGCCAGUUUGCCUGGGUACAGAUUGAUACAGAUCGAUAUAUGCUGUCGAGCGGUGGCGGUGAUACCCUGAAGAUCCACCGAGAUGAUCCUGGUGAUGAACGGCCGUGGAUCGUCACCAGUGUCGCGAAGCUACCGGAAAUUUACGGCUCUAAGAGUCCCUACGCAAGACCUAGGGAGCUGGCUAGAGUGAACGAAUUUGACGAGGCUAUUCACGCCGCUGAUAGCUACGCAGGCAAGCACUACCCUUUCAGAAACAUUGCUACAAGGGCACCAUGGCGCAAGUAUCCUGCCACGGAAGCACAGCUGGCCCGAUUGAACAAGUCGCGUCCUGAAGAUCAACAACUGACGCAAGAGAAUACUACCAAAGGACAAGCAGCGGAUAUGAUAACAAGAAUGAUCCACGGUGCCAAAGGACGUUUCGACAAGCUCAAACAGAUUCGACGCAAGACUGAACAGGAGAAGCAAAAGCGACAGGAGCUGCAAGAGAAAAUGUCGAGACAUCAGAUACAAGUCGGUCCUGUGCGAUGA